AUAAAUUAAAUAGUAUAAAUACGGCAUAAGAGACGCUUAGGACAUUUGUAGUCGAUUGGGCUUCUUCCGCUUUCUCUGCAUAAGCGGCUAUUUCGAAAAGCACGCCCUCGUCCUUGUUCCCUCCAACUUCCUCCACUUCCAGAUCCGCGCUUCAGAGAGAAUGGAGACUUUCCUAUUCACAUCUGAAUCCGUGAACGAGGGUCACCCCGACAAGCUGUGUGACCAGAUCUCUGAUGCAGUGCUAGAUGCCUGCCUUGCCCAGGACCCUGACAGCAAGGUUGCCUGUGAGACAUGCACCAAAACCAACAUGGUCAUGGUGUUCGGAGAGAUCACUACCAAGGCCAAUGUUGACUAUGAGAAGAUAGUCCGUGACACUUGCCGCGCCAUUGGAUUUGUUUCUGAUGAUGUGGGUCUUGAUGCCGAUAACUGCAAGGUCCUGGUUAAUAUUGAGCAACAGAGCCCUGAUAUUGCCCAGGGUGUCCAUGGUCACUUUACCAAGCGACCUGAGGAGAUUGGUGCUGGUGACCAGGGUCACAUGUUUGGUUAUGCCACUGAUGAAACCCCUGAAUUGAUGCCCCUUAGCCAUGUGCUUUCCACCAAGCUUGGUGCUCGUCUCACUGAGGUUAGGAAGAAUGGUACCUGCCCUUGGUUGAGACCCGAUGGCAAGACCCAAGUCACCGUGGAGUACUACAACGAAAAUGGAGCUAUGGUUCCAGUCCGUGUCCACACUGUUCUCAUCUCCACCCAGCAUGAUGAGACUGUCACAAACGAUGAGAUUGCCGCUGACCUUAAGGAGCAUGUCAUUAAGCCUGUUGUCCCUGAGAAGUACCUUGACGAGAAGACAAUCUUCCACCUUAACCCCUCAGGCCGCUUUGUGAUUGGUGGUCCUCAUGGUGAUGCAGGUCUUACCGGACGCAAGAUUAUUAUUGACACUUAUGGUGGAUGGGGAGCCCAUGGUGGAGGUGCUUUCUCUGGAAAGGACCCAACCAAGGUCGACAGGAGUGGCGCCUACAUUGUGAGGCAGGCUGCCAAGAGCAUUGUAGCAAAUGGGCUUGCUCGCAGGGCCAUUGUGCAGGUGUCUUAUGCCAUCGGUGUGCCGGAGCCCUUGUCAGUUUUCGUUGACACAUAUGGAACAGGAAAGAUCCCUGACAAGGAAAUCCUUAAAAUUGUGAAGGAGACCUUCGACUUCAGGCCUGGCAUGAUCACUAUCAACCUGGACCUCAAGAGGGGUGGUGGCGGAAGGUUCUUGAAGACAGCUGCCUAUGGACACUUUGGAAGGGACGAUCCAGAUUUCACCUGGGAGGUUGUGAAGCCCCUCAAGUGGGAGAAGCCUCAAUCUUGAGAGAUGGAUCAAAUACCUCCCUGCUGCUCGAAGCUUUGCAUUAAUUGGCACUGGAUGAAUAAUUAGCGUGUUUUUAAUUGCUGCUGCCCUACAACUUAAAAAGCAAAUUUCUAAUAAUUUCAUACUUUUUAAUGUCGUUUUUUUCUAUUAUAUUUUUUAUAUUUUUCGAUUUCAGUUUUGUGUAAUAUGAUAUCUUCUUCAUCACCAGCGUCUCUAUAAAAAGAAAGAGAAUUUUGUCGAAA